UCGGACUCCCAGGACCCAGGCCAGGUGGACACUCUUGACGGCUUGCUGUGUUGUUUUCUCAGCAGGUCUGAGCCUCUUCAACUGUGCCUAGGAUGCUGCGUCAAUAUGUUCACCAAUUUGGUCAGAAGCUGGUCCGCAGGCAGCGGCUGGGGCCCAGGGAGGCGUCUGACAGGUGCACGGCUCGUCGUCUGAACACCCUCGACCUGAUUGCCUUGGGUGUGGGCGGCACCCUAGGGAAUGGCAUGUACAUCUUGGUUGGAGAAGUGUCUGUGUAUGAGGCUGGACCAGCGAUCGUCAUCUGCUACUUGCUGGCUGGUCUGUCUACUCUUUUAUCCGGGCUCUGCUAUGCAGAGUUGGCAGCCCGGGUACCAUGCUCCGGCUCUGCGUAUCUCUACAGCUACGUCACCACGGGUCAGCUGUGCGCCUUCAUCACUGGCUGGAACCUCAUCCUGUCCUAUGUCAUGGGCACCGCCUGUGUGUCCAGGGCCUGGAGCGCCGCCUUUGACAGCCUGAUUGGGAACCGCAUCUCUCAGGCAUUCCAGGGAACUUUCUCUCUGAACGUGCCCUACUUCCAGGCCACAUAUGCAGACUUUUUUGCACUGGGCCUGGUGUUGCUUCUUACAGGACUACUGUUUCUGGGAGCUCGUGAGUCGACCCUGGUUAACAAAGUGUUCACUGGCUUGAACCUUUUGGUUCUCAGCUUCACCAUCCUCUCUGGCUUCAUUAAGGGAGACCUGCACAACUGGAAGCUCACGGAAGAGGACUACAGAUUAGCUACAUCUGGAUCCAGUGACGCCUAUAGCUUGGGCCCUCUGGGUUCUGGAGGGUUUCUGCCUUUUGGCUUUGAAGGGAUUCUCCAGGGAGCAGCAACGUGCGUCUAUGCCUUUGUUGGCUUUGACGUCAUUACUACUACAGGGAAAGAGGCCCAAGAUCCUCGUCGCUCCAUCCCCUUGGGCAUCGUGAUCACGAUCUUUAUCGGCUUUCUGGCGUAUUUUGGUGUCUCAGCGGCACUCACCCUCAUGGUGCCCUACUACCAAAUUCAGCCCCAGAGCCCCUUGCUGCAGGCUUUCCUCCAUGUCGGGUGGAACCCUGCCCGAUAUGUCGUGGCUGUUGGCACCCUCUGUGCUCUUACAUCCAGCCUCCUGGGUACCAUGUUCACCAUGCCUCGGUUGAUCUACGCAAUGGCAGAGGAUGGUCUCCUUUUCCGGGAACUUGCCCGACUCCAUGGCCGCAGAGGAACCCCCAUCUGGGCCAUCUUGGUUUCUGGAAUGUUUGCAGCGGUCUUCGCUCUACUCUUGGAGCUGAUCGAUCUUGCGUACCUUGUGUCAAUGGGGACCCUGCUUGUUUACUCCCUGGUGGCCUUUUCAGUCCUUGUCCUCAGGUAUCAACCAGAACAGAAUCUCAGCAAGAAUGAGAAAAUAGAUGAUGAAAUUGAUAUUUCACAAUGGGAAGCAAGUCCUUGGGAACCUGCAUCAGAAGCAGGAACGUCAAGGACUCUAAAGACUCUGUGGUUCCCUACCGGUACCACCCCCACUCUGAAAUCUGGCCACAUUGUCUAUGGAUGUGCCUCGCUGCUUGUUCUCCUGCUGAUAAUCCUGAGCCUGGUCCUGGCCCAGUGGCCCAGCCAGUUGUUCUCUGGAGACCCCGUGCUCACAACAGUGGCUGUGCUGCUGCUGCUGCUCAUCACUGGGGUCACGGUCAUCAUCUGGAGGCAGCCCCAGGACCCCACUGCUCUUCACUUCAAGGUGCCUGCUCUGCCUGUCCUCCCGCUGGUGAGCAUCUUCGUGAACAUCUACUUGUUGAUGCAGAUGAACACUGGGACCUGGGUCCUAUUUGGCGUCUGGAUGGCGGUUGGAUUUGCCAUAUACUUUGGAUAUGGGAUCCGACACAGCCUGGAGGAGAACAGUGAUCAACAGUUACCAGCCUCCACCUCCCAAAUGCUGGACCAAAACAUGCCCAAUAAUGAAUCAGGUUAA